AGAGUGGUUAUGAUGUGGAGGGCGGAGCUAGGACACAGCUCUUUCUUUAAUAAAUUAGUGUUGAAGCGGGAGGGCACGUCUGGUUAUCCACAGCUGCAGAUACUGAAACUGAAGCAAGACAAGCUAUAAAAGUCAUCAUGUCGGAGAAGAAGGCAGUGAUAAAGAAUGCAGACAUGUCUGAUGAAAUGCAACAGGAUGCAGUGGACUGUGCCAUGCAAGCCUUAGAAAAGUACAACAUUGAGAAGGAUAUUGCAGCCUAUGUUAAAAAGGAAUUUGACAAAAAGUAUAACCCUACAUGGCACUGCAUCGUUGGAAGAAAUUUUGGCAGCUAUGUGACGCAUGAGACCAAACACUUCAUCUACUUUUACCUGGGUCAAGUGGCCAUUCUGCUCUUUAAGUCGGGCUGAAAUCUGAACAUGUCCACCCCAGCUGCCCUGAAAACUAGUUUGAGUUCAGUCCUUAAUUCUGCGGUGCCACAUCGACACAUACUACAGCGUCUGUGCACACAUGCCUACCUCCUGCUUGCUUCAGUCUGGUAAACUUGUAACCAACAUCACUACUAUUGGUGGAUGGUGCUGUGCUUGUGUCUGGACUGACGUACUGACAAAUCAGGAUCUCCAUCAAGAAAGACUGCAUUCCACUUCUCCACGUGCCAGCUCGUAAUUUGUAUGUUUCAUCAUCUGACAGACUCUGACUCCAAAUUUCUAGAUGUCAUUUAGCUGUACAUAAUUUCAUUUUUAAUAACUUACUUUCUUUGAAUGUAAGCAAUGAGAAGUUUUUGUUAAACUGCCUUAAUUUUCACUAUUACCUGAGACUUAAAAAAAACAAAAAAAAAAAAAAAACAUUGCUUACAUUUGCAUGCCAAGAGAUAUAUGCUUUAAACAUUCCCAUUGCCACUUCAGUUGUAAAUAUUUCUACAAAAUUAAUGCUAUAUGCUAUUGGGAUCUAAGUUAGUGUGCCAUCCAGUUUUGCCAUAUGCUGAGACAUUAACUGCUGUUGCAUGUCUUUAAUUUAGUUUGAUGUGAAAAAUGUUUUGACUGUGUUGAAUGUUGGUAUUGUUUGGACAACCAAACAACUUGGAUUAUUUUCAGAAUCUUGUUGUCAUACAAUGUUAAUUUUUGAAAACAUGUUGACAUUUGGCACAUGAUGUAACACCAUGUCUUAAACUUUUUCCAAAAAAUAAUAAAACCUGAUAAACUGAGGACAA